AUGAAUACCCCCUCGCUCGAAUUUUUUGAAAACAAAAUCAUCAAAAUCUACCAAAACUUAGCAAGGCCUUCAUUACGUGAGCUAUUUGAAUUUCAGAAUCGCAAUUUUAAAUUGUCUCAACAGUUCUUAACGGCACUGAAUAUUUUGGUUAAUGCAGACCUCAAAAUUUCCAUGAUUGGCUCCUUGAACGAUCAAGUGGUGCCUCUUUAUUCCUCGUUGUGCAUUUUCUUGCAACAUCCGAAUAUUUUUAGAGCCUUAUAUGUACCUUGUAUGGGCCACCAAUACCCCGUAUAUCUCAUCCAUGUUAUUGAGAUAUUGGUGAAAUUGAUAAAUUUGGGAUACUCUGAUCAUGCCAUGAUAACAGAACUAAGUCAAUCCUUUAUGGGACCUAUUUUGAGUGAUUGA